AUGCGCGCUCCGCCCCCACCCACCCCCUUCCCAACCGCCUGGGGCCCCGCGCACGCGCGCUCCGCCCCCACCCACUCCCUCCCUCCCUCUUCACGGGCCCUCCGGUCCCCGGCCCCGCCCCCCCGGGCGGUCCCCUCAGACGGGCUCUCGGGCCCCCGGCCCCGCCCCCUCCUCACCCCCGGUCCCGCCCCCCCGCCCCGCCCUCCCGGGCCCCCGGCCCCGCCCCCCCGGGCUCGCGCCCCGCGCUCCGCUCCCCGCCCCGCCCCGCCCCCUGGCGGCGGGCGGCGUGUGGUCGGGGCCCGGUGGGGUCGGGCCCCCCGGCGGGUCCGGCCCGGGGAGCGGCCGCCCGCCCGUUAUCCCGCCCGCCCGCCCGUCUCGCUGCUGCUGCUGCUGCUGGCCCCCGCGCCGCCCGCCGCCGGCAGGGCGCUCCCCGGGCCCCACCCGACCGGCCGACGCCACCACCAGCAGCACCAGCUCUCCCUGCCUCCCGUGCCCGGCCCUGCCCAGGAGGAGGCCGUGCCCGCGCCCGCCCCGGGAGGGGACGGGGCCAGGCCCCGCCGAGGCGCCUCGGCCCCGCCGGCCCCCGAGGAGGAUGGCGGGCCCGGAGGCCCCGAGGCGGGGACCCCCUUCCUGCUGGGGCUGCAGAGCCUCCCGGGCCUGGCGGACGUCGACCUCAGUGCCCAGAACCCCAACAUCCAGGUGACCAUCGAGGUGGUGGACGACCCCCAGGCCGAGAUGGAGAUGGACUUGCUCGCGGAGCCGAGCAACCCCUGGUCUCGCGGCCCCCCCGACUGGCUGCCCCGCAAAGAACUCUUCUGGCCCCUUUUCUGGGGGUACACCGAGGGAGGGGAGGGGGACGGGGGGGAGCCCCCGGAGAAGACCCCCAAGGACGAAGAGGAGGGGGACUACCCCGGCGAAUACGAGGAGGAGGAGGAGGAGGAAGUGGAGGAAGAAGAGGAAGAGGAGCCUGUACUGAGUGGAGGCGGCAAUUGGGAGCGGAGAUGGCCGUCGCCCAAGAACUGGGUCUUGAAGGAAAAAUAUAACUACGACUACGAGGCGGAAGAGGAGUGGAGCCCUUGGUCCCCCUGCAGCGGCACGUGCAGCAGCGGCACCCAAAGGAGAGCCCGCUCCUGCGGCUACGCCUGCACCGCCACCGAGUCACGCGUCUGCGACCUGCCCCGCUGCCCCGGGACAGAAGGCGAGAUGGGCUUCGCAGGCGAGGAGGCGCCGCCCCCUGAGCUCCACAACGCCACCAGGAUGCUGGGCUCAGACGCCGACAGCUGCGACGAGUGGCUCAACUGCAAGAGCGACUUCCUGGCCAAGUACGUGAGCAAGGUGCUGGCGGACCUGCCCAGCUGCCCGUGCGCCUACCCGCCGGAGGCCGGCUACAGCGCCGUCAGCCUGCCGGACGAGCGGCGCGGCCGCAGCUUCCGCUGGAGGGACGCCAGCGGGCCCAAGGAGCGGCUGGACGUGUACCAGCCCACGGCCCGCUUCUGCCUGCGCUCCCUGCUCUCGCUGGACAGCAGCACCCUGGCCUCCCAGCACUGCUGCUACGACGAGGGCACGCGCCUCCUGACCCGCGGCAAGGGCGCCGGCGCCCCGGACCUGGUCAGCACCGACUUCUCCCCCGAGCUGCACUUCAAGGUGGACACGCUGCCCUGGAUCCUCUGCAAGGGCGACUGGAGCCGCUACCACGCCGCGCGGCCCCCCAACAACGGCCGGGCCUGCGCCGACAACCCCCCCGAGGACGAGUACCGGGCCCAGCUGCGGGAAGCCAAGGAGUACUAGCCCGGGUCCCGGCGGGGAUGGGGUGGGACCCCAACCCCGGGUCUUCCCAGGCCGUGACUUUCCGGGCCAUCUGUCGGCUGGCUCCCAGACUUGACGGGAGCUGGGGAAAUCUCCAGGGGUCGGGAACGGGGCGCCUCACUCAGUGGAGUGGAAGGGCAGAGCCUCAGAGGGUGCCGUGUGGGUCGGACCGGGCCUGGGCUGAGGGGAGGCCGCAGGAAGGCCGGGAGAGGCCGCAAAGGCCGCCGUAACCUCUCCAGUGCCGCCGGAGGGGACCGCCUGGGACCCGGGGCGAAGCGAGGGCCAGAGGCCGGAGCCUCUUUUCCGGUUUCCUCGGGCCCAGUCUCGGUGUCAGCGGGACUCUGGCCAGGGGGACGGGGAAAUGGGACUCGGGUUGGGAGCCUGUCUCCGUCGGGUCACGGGAUGGUGGCUUCCCCUCUCCGCCCUCGCCCCUGGCCGAGGUGCCCUGCCCGCUCCGGCCCCCGAGGGUGGCUACCGCCGGGGCUCGGGGGUGGCGUCCUCCCAGCCCCCCCCUCGCCGUUUCUGGCCGAGCAGCUCGACGGCGGCAGCAGGGGUGGCAGCCAGAGAGGGAGGGGCGGAGGCCGGUGCCCCCGAGCUUGCCCUGGGGGGCGGGCAGGGCGGUUAUGCCAGCGUCUGCCAUGAGAAGCAGGGGUGAGCCGGGCCUGGGGAAGGGAGAGGAAGCGGCUACAGCAGCCUUCCACGCCGUGGGAGGGAGCAGAACCACGGGAUGCCCUCCUUCCCGGGUACCGCUUCGAAGGCCAGGGAAGAUCGGGGCAGUGGGCACGGUGGGGGUAGGAGGGAGCCGGGGCAGCGCUGGGUGGGUUCUGUGUCCUCCCCGGCCUCCGCGCUGGGCGUCUCCCCACCGCCCAGCCCGUCCUGAAUCCCAGGGGCCGGGGCGGGCAGCGGGAUGGAGGCCGGGGUAGGAAGAAGGGUCGGUUGGAUUCUCCCAAAGCCGGGGGCCCCCUCUGGGCUCCUCUGCAAUAAAGCACUUUAUUUGA